AUGUCCUUCACCAACACACCUCUUGGACAACAGCGGCGAGUUGACCGCAACACCUUUCUCAACGGACCUAAAAAACAACAACUAAAAUCUUCUAAGCUUGCUGGAGAGUCGGAGCAGCCUGAAACACAGCCCUCCCCGCCUCGCAGAGCAGCCUCGACCCAUACUAUCCCGGUCUCGUAUUCUUACGGUGCCCCAGAGCUCGCACGAUCCGGGUCCGGUUCACCUCCCAAGGCGUCUUCCUCGACUGGCAACCGGCCAUCUUCCCCCACUCGAUCCGCCACCACGUCUCAACGCGCCCCUACCGAAGAGCCAGGCUCUUCUGAGCCUGCCAACGUUCGUUACGCCCGCCUUAAACAGCGUAACCAAUCGUUGGGUCCUACCGCUUCCACCUCGUCUGUUACAUCUUCCCCUGGAGUCGUCUUCCGUGACACGAGCGUAAACGUUGCCAAUGCCUUUACGCAGGCGGCGUUUUCCAAGCUUGGAGGGACCUUGCCAAAGCCCAGGUUGACCCAGAGCUGGUCCAGUGGUAACCGACUCACUACCCAGGCGUCUACUACAUUUGGCCGUGCGCCAUCGGUACUUCGCGAGGAGGAUGAAUCUGGAAUUGGUGCAAACGAUUCGGGCGAGGUGGACAUCAAUGGGGACCCUAUCAACCGCGCCGAUCGGGCCAAGACCCCGUUGUACGAUGCACUUGGUGCUGCCGGGUCCUUUUUGAUCAACCAAGCCAGGCGUGCUACGUCCCGCCAGCCCGAGGAUUCAGCUUCGACUACCAACAUCCAGCAGUCUCUCUCUAGCGUGGAUCGUACCAGUGAUUAUGAAGAUGCUGAGGCUCUCUACCAGCGUGCAAAAGCCGGUCUUACCAUCCCUGAGCCUGGGCCCGACACGAGUAAAUCCUCCACUACGUCCAAGAAGAAACCGAGAAAGAGCAGGGACAACGCGCUCUAUAAGCCCUCAGAAUCGGAGGAGGAAGAGUCGGACGGAUUUGACUCGGAUGAGGGCAAGCGGAAGAAAAAGCCCAAACAUGUCAAGGGAAUGUCGCUGCCUAUUAUUGGGCCCUCCAGAAGUAAUCGCUCUAGAAAGCUUCGCAGACAAUCUUCACGACCGAGCGCAAGUAUGCUGGGCGACGGCGACUUGCAUAGCGUUAGCAAUCUUAUGCAGGUCGAUGAAGAGCCAUCUAUUCUGCCUCCGUCUCGUGGGAGGUCCGAGAGUCGAAGCCGUAGCCGUAGUCGUAGUCGCAGCCGGAGUCACACUCCUCGAUCUCAAAGCGUGGGUGGUCAUACUACCGACUCGAUGGCUGAAGAGCAAGCACUGGAGGAUGCGUUGGUUGAUGACGACUCGAACGCCUACACCGAUCCUGAAGUUGCCCAACAGUCUCGCGAAAUCGCUGGCUCUCAACAAAUACCACGUGCCUCGUUGCAAUCCUCGUUCUCGUACUCGCCCAAGCGGAAUAGCAAAGGCCUGGGAGUGGGAGCUGCACUUGGGACCUUUGUGCGCUCAGUCAUGCGUGCACUGGUUUCACUGAAAAAAUUGAACCAUGAUAUGAAAGUGGUGCUUAGUAUUCUCGUUGUACUCUCUGCUCUUUACAUGGGUAUAUUCAGAUCCUCGAGACCGGUCAAACCCUCUCAACCCACUCACUAUGAGCACACACCUAUCCCCCAAUUCGACAUGCCUCCUGGGUCCCUGGAAGAGCUCAUCAAAAGGCUGGCAAUACUCGAACAGGCACAACGCUCAACAGACACCGCCAUUGGAGAUAUGUCCUCGCGAGUAGGAAGCGUGGAGGGCUACGUUGGAAACGUCGAUGCCAGGGUCGGACAGGUUGACACGCGAAUGUUGACGAUGGAGACCAGAGUCGGAACUGUCGAAACCAAAGUCCUCCGGGUUGACGAACGGGUUAGCAAGGCUGACGAUCGACUCGACCGCUUCGAUAGUCGGGUGGAAAAGGUCGCCAACCGAGCGGAAGACAUUGGCUCGCAGGUUGGCAAGGUCGAUAAAUUGGUUCGAGACAUCGAUACACGUGUAGGACAAGUCGACAAACGCAUAGGACAGGUGGACACCAAGGUCGUGCAAAUGGACGGCUGGGUUGCGCAGGCAGAAACCAAGUUUGACCAGCUCGGGAACCGUGUGGGAUACGUUGAGCGAUCUGGUACCACGUCUGGGAAGUCGGAAGGAAAAGGGAGCUAUUCCGAUGCUCAGGUCAGGGAGAUGGAAGCCCGCACGCGCGAGAUCGAACUUAAAGCCAAGGAGAUUGAAGGACAUGUCAAACGAUUCGAAGGCAGGGCGAAAGAUAUCGACUCCAAGACGGCCGACCUUGAUUCUAAGACCAGGGACAUUGACUCCAAGACCAAGGAGCUCGACGCCAAAUCUCGUGAACACGAUACCAAAUCCCGGGACUUUGAAUCUAAACUCCGCGAUAUCGAGGCCAAGUUCAAGGACGCUGCUGGCAGCUCAUGGUGGCGUGGCACUCGUGGAAGCAAUCAACAAGAGCAGCUUGCGAUCGGACCAGAGGCUAUGGACCAAAUCGUUCAGCGUGCCGUUCUAGCGACCACCAAGGAUACCGUUAUGCGUGCCGACUUUGCAUUGUACACUGGUGGCGGCCGCAUUAUUCCCGAGUACACCUCGCCCACGUUUAGCAUGGCUCCUGCGCCUGGUUGGCGACGUAUGUUAGGCAUCGGAACAGUACACGGGCGUUCGCCAGCAGUGGCUCUUGUCCCCGAUAUUAAUGUUGGUAACUGUUGGCCCUUUGCAGGGAGCCAAGGCCAGAUUGCUGUCCUCCUUAGCCGAAGCGUCAAAGUUGACGCUGUGACUAUCGACCACGCUUCGAAGGAAGUAGCAUACGAUCUCCGUGCUGCGCCAAGGAAAUUCGCGGUUUGGGGGUUGGUCGAAGGCGCGGACAAUCUCGAGAAAUUGGCCAAAUACCAGCAAGGGCUCGAGAAGCCGGCAAUUGACGGGCCCAUGAACGAGGCCCAGAGCGAAGAAGCUCCGCCCUUUAAACCAGCGAGAAUCCUUUUGGCCGAGUUUGAGUACGAUAUCAACGCCAAAACGCACAUUCAAACGUUCGAAGUUUCGGAACGCGUCAAACAAGCCGGAAUCGACGUCGGUGUCGUUGUCUUUCAGGUUCGAAGCUCUUGGGGAGACCCGAACUAUACCUGUUUGUACCGCGUCCGCGUACACGGAGAGGCUGUUGGGCCAAACGUCAGCGGUGCAUAG